GCCACGCCGCCCGACACCACCUGCGCACGCAACUGACUCCAACACCCUGCGUGCGCUCGCGACAUGGAGAGCGCCAACAACACCACGGACAUCCGCGACUGGGGCGAGAGCGCGACGGCGCUGGAGCAGGUCGCGCGGAGCUAUCAGGUGGUCACCUCGCUGCUACUUGGCGCGUUGAUUCUUUUGGCCGUGUUCGGUAACGCGUGCGUGAUAGCGGCUAUAGCCUUGGAGCGAUCGCUGCAGAAUGUGGCCAAUUACCUCAUAGGGUCGUUGGCCGUUACGGACCUCAUGGUGUCGGUGCUCGUGCUGCCGAUGGCGGCUCUGUAUCAGGUUUUGAACAAAUGGACCCUGGGGCAGGAGAUCUGCGACAUCUUUAUAUCUCUGGAUGUUCUGUGCUGCACCUCAUCUAUCCUGCACCUGUGCGCGAUCGCGCUGGACAGAUACUGGGCCAUCACGGACCCCAUCGACUACGUGAACAAAAGGACUCCGAGACGAGCCGCCGUCCUGAUCAGUCUCACGUGGCUAGUUGGCUUCUCGAUCUCGAUUCCUCCCAUGCUGGGUUGGAGGAAACCGGAGGACCGCGCCAACCCAGACGCGUGCACCAUUAGCCAAGACCCCGGCUACACCAUCUACUCCACGUUUGGCGCCUUCUACAUUCCUCUGAUUCUCAUGUUAGUACUUUACGGGCGGAUAUUCCGAGCGGCGAGGUUUCGGAUCAGAAAAGCCGUUAAGAAAACAGAGAAGAGAAAAAUAUCGGACAGGCGCGUAGCGGUGUCGCCGGCUCUGCUGCACGAGAAGGCGAGCGGCGAAGCGAACCAAACCUGGAGGCGCAGCGUGGAGCCGCAACCCAGCUCGUGCGUAAACGGCGCGUUAACGCAGCGCGAGGGGGGCGAAUCCCUGGAGAUUAUAGAAGUUCUCAGCGACUCCAAAAACCACCUCGCGCUGCCCAACAACCCACAGCCGUGUUCGGAAAACAAACCGGAGAGGAGCACGGACGCCAAGAGGAAGAUGGCCCUGGCGCGCGAGCGGAAGACCGUGAAGACGCUGGGCAUCAUCAUGGGCACGUUCAUACUGUGCUGGUUGCCGUUUUUCAUCGUGGCGCUCGUGCUGCCGUUCUGUAAGUCGCGCUGCUACAUGCCGGACUGGCUGGGCGACGUCAUUAACUGGCUCGGCUACUCCAACUCACUCCUCAACCCCAUCAUAUACGCCUACUUUAACAAAGACUUCCAGAACGCGUUCAAGAAAAUCGUGAAAUGCAAAUUCAUUAGACAGUGAAAGACGACAUUUUGUGUAAUGUUGUUGUUUUGAGUGAAGGAAUGUCGGUAGAUGUGAGGGUGAACUGAUCCGUGGCUGCGAUCUGCGCGCGACAGAAACAGGAGGUAGAGCGCGGCUGUUCGUCGCUUCGCGUAGACACUUAACCUGCCUCCACCGCAAAAUGCUGUACGUCAUUAUAUUUGCUGGAUUUUAAUGAUUAGUACACUUCUCUGAUCGUUAUCACGGUGAAAAUACGCUUUGUUGCAUUCAGUAAUAAAGAUCA